UGUGCUGUGCCGGGUCGUGCCUGGGGCUGCUUGCAGCAUCUCAGUGCCUGACCCCACAGCAUCGCUCCUGUUUCCCCGGCCCUGCCUAGAGCAGGCAGCCGGGGCCCUACGGAGCGCACCCGCAGCAGCGGAGAGCGCGACACCACCGCUGCAGCUCUGGUGAAGGAGAACAACUCGUCAUCCUCAGUUCUCCCAGCCCGCUGCAGCGAGAAGAGCAUGGCCAAAGAGGCAUGGACAUGUCCCGUCUGCCGUGAUGUGCGAUGGGACAUUGCAUACGCAGUUCCAUGCAACCACAAGUUCUGCGUCGGCUGCAUCAACCGGUGGGCGAGGCUGAGAGCCAGCUGCCCGCUGUGCCGGACGGCCAUGAAGACCACCCGGGUCCCUGUGCGGGGAGAAAAUCAGUAUGUGGAGUUCAUUGUCUCCCCGCCCGCAGUGCCAGUGCCCGUCGGCUUCGGCCCCGCCACCGGCCCCAGCGGCACUGCGGCAUCUGCUCCACCGUCACCUGAGCACAGGGAUGUGGAAGCAGCGAGAGUGGGCGGCCUCCUGCCGGAGGAGUGGGCAGCGCUCUUCAGGGAGAGACGCGACCUCCUCUGCCCGGUGCUGCCCUGGCUGGAGGACAUCUUCUCCCAGAUCCAGGAGCUGCGCUGGUGGCAGAUCGCUGGACUGGAGAGCGUGAUCCUGGCAUUGCUGUGCCAGGUGGGCCUGGACAGGGACACCCUGGUGCAGCGCGCACAGCAUGCCCUGGGACCCAUCACCGCACUGCUCAUUGACACGCUCAUCGAAAUCAUCGUGAGCCGGUGUGGCCAGGAGGCGCGGAGGCUGCUGGGCCUCGAAGACCCCAGCGCCGCCCAGGAGCAGGAGGCCGGCCCCGCGGCCCUGUCCGGUCCCGCCGCCCCCCCGCCGGGGACCGUUGCCUCCGGCAGCUCCGCGGGUCCCGACGCGGAGGAGCUCCCCCACACGUCCAGCGGGGCCCUCGGCGGGGGUGCUGGCGAGCUUACGGUUGCACCCAGCCCAGGGGAGCGGGAGCAGCCCGACAAGGAACCGGAGCAGGAGGCAGCCGGUCCCUCUGAGCAGGGCCGCAGCCACGGCCCUUCCGCUCGCAGCCGGGGCAGGAAGCGCUCGGCUGGGGGGCCCCGGCGCCCCACAAAGAGGAGGGCCGGCAGCGCCCAGCGCGCUCCUCCGCCCUGCAAGAGGCGGCCCCCCCGGCGCCUCUAGCGGGGCUUACACUCAUUUCCAAUUAAAGAUACAAACGCAGAAGCACGUGUUGUUCGUAGCGUCCUUCCUUCCAGACAGUUUGGCACACGCCCUACACACGCUGCGCCAUACGAGAGCCAGUGGUCUUAGCACUCAGAAUGGACGUGCCACCAUUACACACGCCUCCUGGGCCGUGUGUGGGCUGUGAGCUGCAGAGCCACUGCGAGUGGGAUCCUCUGAGCGGUGGGUGUGUCAACAGAAAUCCGGGAAGAAAACGAACUCCAGUGUGGCAUUAGAAAGCGGCAUUCCUUUAUUCCUCAUGAUGCAUACUGAGUGACUUGACAAGCAAGUGUGCUCUUUCAGAGUUGAGGUUCUACAUUUUAACAGUUAAGAUGUGCAUAUGCAGUAUACUGGCGUACAUAUUCGUUCUUUUUCAGUGACUCAUUAAUGUCCCUUUGGGCAUGCUGUGCAGUUGAGUGCCCGCUUACUUCUUUCCCAUUUUUCACCAUCAGCUUCAUCACUGAAUCACAUCAUUUUUCCACAGUUUGCAAAAU